AUGGCACCUUCUAUUUCCCUCUCUGUCUUAUUUCUCCUUUUUCUCCAGUUUCCCCUACAAACCAUCUCAACCAACUCUGAAGGGAAUGCUCUUCAUGCUUUGAGGACCAGACUUUCUGAUCCCAACAAUGUUCUGCAGAGUUGGGACCCAACACUGGUUAAUCCAUGUACUUGGUUUCAUGUUACAUGUGACUCCAACAACCAUGUCACUCGCUUAGACUUGGGAAAUUCUAAUGUUUCUGGAACUCUAGGCACAGAACUUGGUCAUCUACACCAUCUGCAAUAUCUGGAGUUGUAUGGGAAUGAGUUAAGAGGAAAGAUUCCUAAGGAGCUUGGAAAAUUGAAAGCACUUAUUAGCAUGGAUUUGUAUGAUAACAAGUUGGAAGGGAAAAUUCCAAAGGCAUUUGGCAAGUUGAAGUCAUUACAAUUCUUGCGUCUAAACAACAACAAGCUGACAGGAACUAUUCCAAGAGAACUCACCCGUCUCAAGAAUCUCAAAAUCUUUGAUGUUUCAAAUAAUGAUCUUUGCGGAACAAUACCAGUAGAUGGAAACUUUGGAUCCUUUCCAAUAAAAAGUUUUGAAAAUAACAGACUUGGUGGUCCUGAACUGAAAGGACUUGUUCCGUACGAUUUUGGAUGCUGA